UACUAAUUCAUUACAAUGCGAAGGGGAGUGACGCAGUUCUCGAAAACCGAAAGCUUCUUCCACGCUUUCCCGCGUAAGACCUGAAAUCAAUUCCGCGAAUCUCCCCCACCCGGGUUGAGGGCGACAGGAGGCAAACACCGCCGCCGGUUGCUUGGACUUGGGGCUGUAUGUGCCAGCCGUCGCGUUCCUUGGGAUUCGGGUGCCAUUCCGGUUGGAGGUUGCGGUCGAACCGCGAGGACUCGAUGCGAUAACCAGGGCGAGACAUGCCGCAGCCUAAGUCACGAAAGCUCGCCAUCCUCGGCUACCGAUCCGUAGGGAAGUCCUCUUUGACCAUUCAGUUUGUGGAGGGCCAGUUUGUCGACUCCUAUGAUCCGACAAUAGAAAACACGUUUACUAAAUUGAUCACGAUAAACGGCCAAGAGUAUCAUCUUCAGCUGGUGGACACAGCAGGACAGGAUGAGUACUCCAUCUUCCCUCAGACGUACUCCAUAGACAUAAAUGGCUAUAUCCUGGUCUAUUCCGUCACGUCCAAUAAAAGCUUUGAAGUGGUCCAAGUGAUUCACGAAAAACUGCUGGACAUGGUGGGGAAAGUUCAAGUUCCCAUCAUGCUUGUUGGAAACAAGAAUGACCUGCACAUGGAGCGAGUAAUCAGCUGCGAAGAAGGGAAAGCAUUAGCCGACUCCUGGAACGCUGCCUUCAUGGAAUCCUCGGCCAAAGAAAACCAGACCGCCGUGAAGGUUUUCCGCAGGAUGAUCCUGGAGGCGGAGAAGAUGGACGGUGGCGCUCAGCCUGGCAAGACGUCUUGCGCCGUCAUGUAGGGGGAGGACACAACCAACGCAACUAAGCGCGCGCACAUGCACACACACACACACAUACACACACAAACACACACACAAACAGACACGACAACUGCACUGCACUAGGAUAUCCCGUUUUACUUGAAGGCUAGUUAACGCCACUUCUCCUCCACCACGCCGGGUCCUGAAUAUCCUCCAUGACUCUGGAACCUGUUAUUUAUCAGUAUUGUCAUCCAUGUUUUCCUUUUGGGUGUGCUUGGUGCAGAAGCGGGACGAGUGGCGCUCAUGAAUUUCAUCAUAAACCGUGUACCCAAACAAGCCCCCGCCCCAAUCAUAUGAUCUUGACAAUAAUAACUCGAGAGAGCUGAUGUUUCUUCGGGUUCAUUUUACUUUCCACAUAGCAGUAAGUGUCAGCCAAAUAGUCGGAAACAAAACAAACAAAAUAAAAAUGUCAUCCAUUUUUUAAAAUUGAAAAUGUUGUACAAAUGUUUUGGAUUGUAAUCAUUAAAACCAAAUGUGGUUAUGUAAAAAA